UCGUCGCGGGUUACCCGGUGCGCGGUCGUCGGCAGCCGCGGUCCUCUCGGUCGUCGGGCCAGUGCCGCGGAGCAGCCCACGCGCGACGCACGUUUCGCCCGACGGGAACGGAUCGCCGAGCGCCGCGUGUACGCAUGGUCGCCGCCCGGCACCUUGACGAUAUCUCGACCGCCGUCGACACCUCCGCGGGAUCCGAACGCGCCUCCGCCGGGUUCUUUCAUUUCUCUGGACACGGCGGUGCCGUAAACGAUCGCGUCCGAACACACGUCGUCCGCGUCUCGGGUAAGCAUGCCGGACGGACGACGGCGACAAUGACGAAGAUGUCCGCCAACACGUGGACCACGACCAUGACGUGCUGGUGCUGGUGCUGGUGCUGGUGGUGGUGGUGGUGUACCGCCGCUCUGGCCCCGUUCGUCAUCGGUACGGUCACAUGUCUAAAGGACGUGUUCAUCGAAGUCCCGAUAGCUAUAAGAGAAGGGACCACAGCGGUAAUGCGAUGUGAUUACGACUUAGAACAAGAAGCCUUGUACACGGUCAAGUGGUACAAAGGCAGGCAGGAGUUUUUUCGUUACGUACCUAAAGAGUUGCCGCACACGAGGGUGUUCCCUUUGGCCACCAUAAACGUAGACGUCAGCGAAUCGGGACAAAACCAAGUGGUGUUAAGACAUGUGACACCUGACCUGGACGGCAAAUACAGAUGCGAAGUUAGUGCGGACGCGCCAACGUUUCACACACAAAUCGUAGCGGCUUGGAUGCAUGUUGUCCGAACGAUGGAUGGUAAACCUGAACUGCAUCUUGAAAAGUCACAAUAUUCUAUUGGUGAAAAAUUGAGAGCAAAUUGUUCAUCGCCACCCUCAAACCCAGCGGCUAAUAUCACUUGGUUUAUAAAUGAUAAAGAGCUGGGUAAUGGUCACAUACUAAAAAUUCCAUUGAAAAGACCUUCUGGUACAUUAUUCAAAACUCUAUCGUCGAUUGAAUACGACGUUUUAGUUGCUGGGAAACUGAAGAUAAAAUGUCAAAGUGACAUAUACCACGUGAUCACCUCAGAAACCGAAGUAAUGUUGGAUGAAGACAAGCCAAGACUCGCGUCCAUUCUACAGCCACAUGAUCAUUCAGCGGGACCAAAAUCUGCAUAUCCGAUCGGUGCAAUCGUAUUGAUCACGUUUGUGAUCAUGAGGUAACAAGUCCAACGUAAAAUGGAAAAAUGUCCAUUAAUUUCCGUGUAAAAAGUUUGUGUACAUUAUUAAAAAAAAUUCAUGAAUGAAGUGUAAAAUGUCGGUUUUAAUUAGACAAUAUUAGUCCUUGGAUUAUUUUGCUAAAA